UUUUCACUUUCUUAUUCUCGUUCAUUUCCCUCCAUCCUUUUUUCUAUUUCGCAUGGGGUCCUAUUCUUCGCGCGCUUUUCCAAUUUCAAUCUCACACUUUACAGUGCGAUUCUCGCCCUUGGUUUGCGAUUGCGAUUGCUCGAGCCUAGGCCACCUUUCAACCCAUUUUCCCUCUCUUGCGCUUCAGACACAAUCCCCUUCUUCAAUCUGCCCCUUUCUUGUUCAAUCUUCCCAAAAUCCCUUUUUUUCUUCUUCAAUCCAAAACCCUAUUCGAACCCAGUAAAGUCCCAACACUGUUGAAGGAGAUUUGGCAGCUGGUUGAGCUUCCAAGCACAGUGUUAGGCGCACUGACGUUGUUUGUGGCAGCUGGUUCGUUCUUCUUCGUUGGACCAUCCAUCAAUAACACUAUCACAUAAGAAAGAAAGAAACAUCCAUUGCUGAAUCAAAAAUGCAGUCCAAGAUCAGUGCUUUCUUAAGAUCCACCCCAGAUUCCUCUUCUCCCAACAACGACCAUGAUUUGUCAACCUGGGAGAAUCAGCAACACCACAUCAUCAACACCUACACCCGAAGGCGCCCAAACCCUGACCCCGGUACUUCGGAUCCCAAACCCUCAACACUCGUCAAAAACAAGAAGAGAAGCUACGCUCAGUUUCAUCUUGAUUUUGGCCAAUCCGAUUUCCUCCUACGCUCGUGUUCUACAUGCGGCAUAAAGUUCACUCCCGGCGAUCCACAAGACGAGAAAUCCCACAACGAAUUUCACAAAUCAUACACGCAGGGAAUCCAAUUCAGAGGUUGGACCAAAGAAAAUGUUAUUCCUCUACCCAGUUUGGAUUCGGGUCGGGUCGUGUUGUUCUCGGAGACCGACCGGGCUUCUCACAGGAAGAAAGUUGAGGAGGUGGUGAGGAUGAUGGAAAUUGAGAUUGGAAGUGGGUGGAUACUUCACGAGCGCUGUAAGGUGUAUCUGUUUAUAUCUCUUAACAGGGUUGUUGGGUGUCUCGUUGCGGAACCAAUUGAAAAGGCAUUCAAAAUUGUGUCUGGCUCUGUUGUUGGAUCUGUUCACAGCGCGAAGAAAAGGGGAGUAACGACACGCUCUACCACUCUUCAAUUUGGGAAUGUUAUUUUCCAAAGGGAGGUCCAUAGAAAAGUUGCUAAUGUGAGUGAUUCUGAAAAGAUGGAAGGGGCAAUCUUCUGUGACAGCGAACCAACCGCUGCCGCUUGUGGCAUUAGGGCCAUUUGGGUUACUCCCUCCAACAGAAGAAAAGGCAUUGCAAUCCAGUUGCUAGACGCUGUGAGGAAGAGUUUCUGCCCAGGUGUUGAGCUUGAACGUUCUCAGUUAGCAUUUUCCCAGCCUACCUCUGCUGGAAAGGCAUUAGCAGCUAGUUAUACUGGCACUGGCUCAUUCUUGGCAUAUUAAAGCCAACAAAACAGUUUAUUAGUGAUUACUUAUUUUGACUGUUAAUAGGUACAAACGUAAGCUAUUCUUGUAAAGUGUAACAUUUUUUAGCUCAUAUAAGCAAUGAAUCCGUCAUCUCAUUGUUUUUUGUUGGUGCAAGGCUUUGUCAUUGUGAGUUGAUUUUACCAUUUAGUUCUUGCAAGUCAAGAGUUAGCAUGUAUGGGAGAACAUCCGUUUGAAGACUACGACUGUGACUGUGACAUUUAAACAUGUAUUUUGAAACUGCAAACUGAAGUUCACACUUUCCAAGUACUAGAUUAGGGAGCAAGAAAUUGUAUCUUUUUUUUUUUUUUUUGUUGAUUGUUUGCAGGUUUGUUUGGUU